UAUGUGUUGUAUUGGCUAAUAUUUUUAAUAUGAGCAAUUAGUGUUACUAUAUUUAUGCAUAGCAAAUAGUUGUUUAGAUGACCAAAACGGUAUAACACAUUUAAGUUGUCCAGAAAUCAAUCGAUAUAUUUACCAAAGAAAAAGAAACGAAAAAAAAAAAAGUUGACCUCCUAAUAGUUUUGUUACUUCUAAAAUCAGCAAACUAUUUUUUACUAUAUAAAUCAUCUACGUCAACCCAACAUUCUCACCAAAUCAUCUCGGUCGAAACCACAACAAAAAGAAAACAAAAAACAUUACAAUUUAAGAUUUGCAGACUCACGAUACUUACGACAUGGCAGCUCCAAUGUCAAAGAAAAUCUGCAGUGUAUUGAUAAUUGCAAUUUUAUUUGCAACGAUGUUUUCAGCUCAUUCCAACUCGAUAGAUGUGUGUGUCAAAGAUUGUGUCGUGAAUGUGUGCAUGAAAGCAUCAAAAAAAGCGACUCCAGCCAUUUGUGACAAUCCUUGCAAGAUAAUGUGUGAUCCAAUGAACGGUGAGCAAUACAUCGUCCCUCGAGGUAAUGGUGGUCCUAUCAAAAGGUUCUGCAGACGAUUUAGCUGGAUCUGUAACCCGUAAAUGAUCGAAAUUACAAAAAUUAUCACCAUUCUUUAUGCAUUAUAAGUUAUAUAUUUAUGUUUUUUUAUCAUUGUAUCCAUCAAUAUUUUUAAGUACUUAAUUAUCCUUCUUCCAUAAUUACUUUUUCUUAAACAAUGUUUACUUAUAUACAGAAGAUUUGUUAAAAAGCUAAAUUAUUUA